UUUGUUCAUCAAGUGGAUCACUCAGUAGAGGCUACUCUCCGUCGCCAGACUUAGCAAGCGAAAUGGCUCGUCGCCAAAAGCUCAAUCUUGAUGCCUUAGUCUUUGGAUCUGAUGAUGAGGACCUUCUAGCUGUUUCGACGGUCGACACACGAGUUUCCUCUCCACCGAUGGAGAGGUCUAAGGGUGGAAAAAAGGAUGUUGUUGUUCCUCCUCCUCCCGUUGCUACUCUUGCUCUUCCCGCUGAUAGGGCCUCAAAGAGGAAGAGGUCCAAAGGUAAAGAAGUUGCUGGGGGUUCUCAUGAGCAGGGCUCAGUUGAAGAAUGGGUGCCUCCCUUGGAGCAUAACGGCCGAGCAAUCACUACAUCGGACAGCACAAUCUACUCAAGCGACUUGGCCUUUGACUUAUCAAAGACAUUGCUGUUACCUUUGGAUAUGGCAGAGCAAAACAUUUCAAGCGACGUGUUGAUCAAGGGUUCGGUGCAGAUGUUAACCGCAUGCAUUCAGAGGAUGCACAUCAUGGAUGAAAGGCGGCAUCGUGAGGAGCAAGAGAAGGUUAAGACGAUCAACAUGUUGGCUGAUGCUGAUAUGUCCUUGAAGGUGGCUGGUGAGGAUAUAAAGGAGAUGGAUGAUGCAAAGAAGAAGGCCGAAGCACUGAUGUUCAUGGCCGAGCGGAGGGCCGUAGAUGCCGAUGCUGCUUUGAAGUCUUUAAAGGCUAAUUAUCAAAGAAUGGUGGACGAGGCCGAACAGAGGGGCUAUGAUGAGGCCGAAAAGACCUAUUCAGAGGAGAUUUUGAAGCUGAGGGACAAGAUCUUUACUAAGGGUUGGACUGGGGCUCUGCGUGCUGCUAAAGUGGAAGAGGCUUCUCCUCUUUAUGAUAUUGACGAUAUCCCUGUCCCUUCGAAGACCGCUGCAAGGGUUAGGAUGAGAAGGCCUCGCCAAGGUGGAGCUACGGAUGUUGAUCCUUCUAGCCAUUCUCCUUUCCUGCCGAGCUCUUCCUUGGUUAGACAGACUGUCAAUCCUACAGAAGAGGAGCACCGCGAGGAUGGACACUACGACGAGGAGCAACGCGAGGAGUAA